GAACAGUUUAACUCACACUGCGUUGUCAGCAACAAUGAGGCCCAUUUUCUGCGGCAACUUUGAGCAUGAUGCCCGUCAAUCCGACCUUGAGCGUCUUUUCGGCAGAUAUGGGAAAGUCGACAGGAUAGAUAUGAAAUCAGGUAAGUGUCUUUUCCAUACAGGUUCUUUCUUGUGGUUGUGAUCUCACUGUUGCAGAAGAGUGCUGUUCUUCCUUACCCUGCUCACUACUGUUUCUAUUAUCCGUUGGAUUAUUUUGUUCCUGCCACCAGUUCUUUUUUCACUUUCCUUUGGUUGUUAUAGACUUGAAAUUACAUGCCUCGAAGGCCAUAUCAUUGGAAAAUAUCCGCUAACUGUAGCUGAUGAUCUCUUCCUACUGCGUUUCAUCAAGUUUUCGAGCUGUGAUAACCCAUUGCAUGAGUUCAUGUUGACACAAUAUUGAAAACUGGACAUGGGAUAUUGCGUGGAAAUAGAAACCAUUUUCUACUAUCUGAUAGCAUGCCACAAAUUUUAAAUGGACUAUUAUGCCCAUUUUGGGGCAUGCUUGUAAGUAGUGACUGAAACUACAAUGCUUCUGAUUAUCUAGAUCUUAAUGGUCUUGAAUAGAUAAACAAUUGAGGUAUACACAAUCAUUCCAACCUUCACGUGUGGACACAUCCUACCAAGAAAAGCUGCAUAUCAAGCUGGGGGGACCCUCCUCCCAUAAAGGUGAUAGUUAUGGGACUGCAUCGAUUCUUCAUAUCAACUGCCACAACAUUUUCUGGACUACAUAAAACGGUGAAGGCAGUCCUUUUUGGGUCCUUCGAGGGGUCAGGAUAAGUUUACGAAAGCAGUCUGUUUUUGAAGUUUAGCCCCCAUAAUCAACAAUUUCUUUGGCGCAGGAAUAUCUUGGAGCAUCCAUGCUCCUCCUGGCUGAUGGCUCUUGUGCAUUACCUUUCCUGCCCGUGCACGUGCUUCUUCAUCUUAUGUUUUUCAGAAGAGCUGAUCUAAUCCACAAUGGCAUCAGCUUACAUUCUCCCCGACAGACCAUUGCCUUUCAUUCCUCAUGACCUCUGCCCCAUCUUCAAUCCGAGACAUGUUCCGAGGUAGAACCCAUGCUGAUCUUGCAGCCAGGCAGGAGAAUACAUGGAGAAGGCACUUUCUGUUCGAUGAACUGCCAUGAGGCACCACCUACCUUUGGAUUAUUGUUCCUUGACAUCAUUUAGUUCAACGCACAAGGAUUUGCUUUUGUCUACAUGGAUGAUGAGAGAGAUGCUGAGGAUGCAAUUCGAGCACUUGACAGGAAAGAAUUUGGCAGACAUGGCCGCCGGCUUCGCAUUGAGUGGAGUAAGCAACAAGAUCGUGGUAUUAGAAGACCUGGUGGUUCAAGAAGAUCUUCUGCUGAUUUGAAACCUUCAAAGACGUUGUUUGUUAUUAAUUUCGACCCGAUCAAUACAAGGACGAGGGACUUGGAGAGGCACUUCGAACCAUAUGGGAAAGUAUUGAGUGUGAGGAUCAGAAGGAAUUUCGCAUUCAUUCAGUACGACUCGCAGGAGGAUGCAACUAAAGCAUUGGAUGCAACCAACGAGAGUAGGUUGAUGGAUCGGGUUAUUUCGGUAGAGUAUGCAGUACGUGAUGAUGAUGAGAGAAGAAAUGGUUACAGCCCUGAUAGGAGGGGCCGGGACAGGUCCUCUGAGAGAGGUGGUCGUGACCGUGGGAGAUCCCCAAGUCCCUAUGGAAGAGCUGCAGAAAGGGCUAGCCCUGAUUAUGGCCGUGCCCCCAGUCCGUACACCAGGCCUGAACCAAAGGGCAGUCCUGGUUAUGGCAGAGCAGAGAGCCCUGCUUACGACGACUACCACAGUCCUCCCCCAAGGCAGGACAGAUCUUGAAGAAGUGGAAAGUCUGCCGAGGUUUUGUAAGAUCUUUUACUUGGUAAUGUUCCCUUACCCCAUUGUGGAGCCCAGGUAAUUUUCUGAGGUGCGCUUGAUGUACGACAAUUGCGUGGAUUUUGCCUCCGAAUGGACACAUUCCUUAGGGUUUUGUACACUGCCAGUUUGCAAGGCUGCUUCGAUUCUGUCAUUCUCUACUUAAUGGAUUAAUCAUUGGUCUCUA